AUGGUUUCUGGCACAAGAGAGAAGAUAUGGCUCUUUGUUGCUGUGACAUGCUGGUUUCAUGGAAUUACUUAUGCAGAGAAACUCAGGAGAAUGAAGAGAGCUGCCGAUCCCGAAGCAUUUAUGAAUACGAAUGAGCUCAUUACUUACAAAGGGUACCCCAGCGAGGAGUAUGAAGUGGUGGCAGAAGAUGGUUAUAUCAUUACCAUUAACAGAAUCCCUUAUGGUACACAGAAUCAGGGAAAUCCAGCUUCGAGACCUGCUGUAUUUCUCCAACACGGAUUAUUGGGAGAUGCUAGUAACUGGGUCACAAACCUGCCCAACAACAGCUUGGGCUUCAUACUAGCUGAUGCUGGCUUUGAUGUUCGGAUGGGAAAUAGCAGAGGGAAUCGCUGGUCCAGAAAACAUGAAAAUUAUUCCAUUGAUCAAGAUGAAUCCUGGGCUUUCAGUUUUGAUGAGAUGGCAAAUUUUGACCUUCCAGCAGCGAUAAAUCUAAUUGUGGCGAAAAUAGGACAGGAAAAGUUAUAUAUUGGCUAUUCACAAGGUUCGACAAUCGCUUUCAUUGCAUUUUCAACAAUGCCAGAGCUGGCUCAAAAAAUCAAGCUCUAUUUCACGUUGGCACCUGUCGCUACUAUUAAGUACGCCAGAAGCCCAGCCACAAAACUCCUCUAUCUUCCCGAAAAAUUGCUCAAGGGGUUUCUUUGCAAAAGAGAAUUCCUUCCCCAGACUGACUGUCUAAGGCGGCUAAUAGUCCCUGUCUGCAGCCACCGAGCUUUUGCCAGGCUUUGUGGAAGUGUCUUCUUCAGUCCGGGUGGCUGUAACCCGAAAAACAUUGACAUGAACCGAAUCAACGCAUGUAUUGCACAACCCCCCGCUGGAACUUCUGUGCAGAACAUAAUCCACUGGAGUCAGGAAGCCCAUUUGGGGAAGUUCCAAGCUUAUGACUGGGGCAGUUCAAAUAAGAACAUGGAAAAAUGCCAACAGGCUACUCCUUCUCUCUACAAUGUAGAAGAGACGCCUGUACCAACUGCGGUAUGGACUGGGGGACAAGACUUGCUCGCAAAUCCCAACGAUGUGGCCAUUUUACUGCCUCGAAUUAAGAGGCUCGUCUAUCACAAGAGGAUUCCUGAAUGGGCACACCUGGAUUUCAUCUGGGGAUUGGAUGCACCUUUGCACAUGUACAAUGAAAUCAUUCAUCUGAUGAAGAAGUAUCCUUAACCCACAACCAGUAGUCGUACCUGACUCCUUCAAUGACACUUGCUUUCACUGGGUAGGAGCAAAACCUUCUUUGCAUCAGAUGAUUUCUGCUGGAGUCAGAGAAAGGGUUCCUCCUGACACUAUAUUCACAGCACAUGUCACUGUAAUGCCUUUUGCAUCCUGAUGGUGCACUUCAUAUUUUCUGGCAACCUUGUGGAUCAGUAACCACUUUUUAACUGAUACAGCCUAGAUUCUGCAAUAACUGUCUGUUGCUAACAGAAGACAGGGUUUGGUUGCAGCCUGCUCUCUUCUUUAGACUCUAACAGUAAUGAAAGCGCUGACUUUCUCUGGAUACAGUCAGUGAUCUCAAGAUAUUUUCCAUUCUUCGUGUUAUUUCUCAGUUUAUUGGGCUGGCAGUUAUUGAAAGGCAUAGUG